UAAAGUGUUAUUGUAUUUAUAAUUUUUGAAUGCAUCACUUUAUUGUCAGCAGGGUUAGAAAUUUCCAAAGAGAAUUUCCAAAGAAAGAGAAAGCCCCACUACGAAGGAGAAUGACUUGCCUCCUGAAACGGAUGCCAACAUCCAAACGACCACAUUCUUCGUCUUCUCUUUUUUCUCUUUUUUCUCAAAAUCCCCCGUAAACUCCACACAAGCGAAUGAGAGCCAAAAGAUCGGUUCCAACUCUACUUUCCAGGUUCACAGGACUAAUCGUUUUCAUUUGUCCAGCGUGGUUCAUCACCUACAAGAGCCUACUUUGGGAUCCUACAACCAAACAUGAAGAGUGUGAUCUCUCCCAUGGGAAGUGGAUACGAGAUCCAACAGGACGUCCUCUGUACACAAACGGGACCUGCGAGUUCAUCCAACCAGCUCAAAAUUGCGAGAAGAAUGGAAGACCAGAUAACGAGUACCUUAAGUGGCGAUGGAAACCGGAUAGUUGCGAGCUGCCACAUUUCGAUCCCAGCCUCUACUUGAGUUUAGUGAGAGGUAAGAAGCUACUGUUCCUUGGAGACUCGCUGGCCCGGAAUCACCACCAGUCGCUCUUGUGCUCCCUAUCACAGGUAGAGACGCCCCGCGAGCUCUACGCGCGAGGACGUAAGGAUAUCAAGCUCGAGUUCCCCUCUCACGGCUUCGUUCUCGCGAUCCUCUGGUCGCCGCUGCUCGUCCAGCACCGGAGAACCUCCCAGGCCUUUGAGAUCCACCUCGACACUCCAGAAGCGGUUUGGGCCUCGGAGGUUUCCUCGUACGACAUCGUGGUCAUCUCCGCAGGACAGUGGUUCUUCCGGCCAAGCAUCUAUUACGUCAAGAACACCACAGUUGGACGCAAUGAGCAGCUUCCACACAGCAGCUUACCAGACGUGAAGUUCACAUAUGGACUAAAGAUGGCGUUUGCAAGCGCGUUGGAAUAUGUGCUUCACAGUGCCGGCUUCAGUGGCCUGCUGAUCCUCCGGACGGAAGCAAUGUCGCACUAUGAGCACGGGCAGUGGAACUCGGGUGGCACCUGUAACAAGACCAAGCCCACAGCAAACCAGAGCAGUGAAGUCACUUGGACGCCAAGCGAGAUGAGGAGAUUACAACUUGAAGCGUCAAGGGAGGUGCUUACCAGAAAAAGCCGCGCCAAGUUCAGGAUCAUCGACAUCACCAGGAGUAUGUUCUUGAGGCCAGAUGGACAUCCUGGGAGAUACAGAGGUCAGGAGGAUCUCGUAGUCCACGACUGCCUGCACUGGUGCUUACCAGGGCCAAUCGAUAUGUGGAACCAAAUGCUGCUUCAUGUUCUACAAGAAGAAGUUAGCCAAAAGUUAUAGCGUGCUCGUCUAUGGGUGGCGGUAUCACUAUUUUGUUGUCACUAAUAAGCUGUAGAAAAUCAAAGUCAGAAACUAGCAAA